ACGAUGAGCGUCAGCGCAGCUUCCGUAGCCUCAACAAACUCACAAGCUGAAGAUGAUGUUGAGGAAUGUGGGCCCCAACCAGUUGGAAAACUAGAGGGUAAUGGAAUCACAACAGGGGACGUGAAAAAACUGGAGGAAGCAGGGUAUCAUACAGUGGAAUCAAUAGCUUUUGCCCCAAAAAAGCACCUGAUCACGAUAAAAGGCAUUUCUGAGGCUAAAGCUGAUAAAAUAUUAUUGGAAGCAGCUAAGCUAGUACCUAUGGGAUUCACAACAGCCACAGAAUUCCAUCAGAAACGCUCAGAAAUCAUACAAUUGACCACAGGGUCCAAAGAACUUGAUAAACUAUUAGGUGGAGGUAUUGAAACUGGCUCCAUCACUGAAAUGUUUGGAGAAUUCCGUACUGGCAAGACCCAGCUCUGUCACACACUUGCUGUUACCUGCCAGUUACCAAUUGAAAGUGGUGGUGGUGAAGGGAAAUGUCUUUAUGUUGAUACAGAAGGGACUUUUAGGCCUGAGAGGCUUCUAGCUGUUGCUGAGAGAUAUCAGAUGAAUGGACAGGAAGUUUUAGACAAUGUGGCUUAUGCUAGGGCUUAUAAUACAGACCACCAAACUCAGUUGCUCAUACAGGCUUCAGCCAUGAUGUCAGAAUCAAGGUAUGCAUUAUUAGUUGUGGAUAGUGCUAUGGCACUGUAUAGAACUGAUUAUUCUGGUAGAGGUGAAUUGUCUGCAAGGCAAAUGCAUUUAGCAAGGUUUUUGAGAAUGCUGUUAAGAUUAGCUGAUGAAUUCGGCGUCGCUGUGGUGAUAACGAACCAGGUGGUGGCGCAGGUGGACGGCGCCGCCAUGUUCAACGCCGACCCCAAGAAGCCGAUCGGCGGCAACAUAAUGGCGCACGCCUCCACCACCAGGCUGUACCUGAGGAAGGGCAGGGGCGAAACGAGGAUGUGCAAGAUUUACGAUUCGCCGUGCCUGCCCGAAUCGGAGGCCAUGUUCGCCAUCAAUGCGGACGGUAUCGGGGAUGCGAAAGAAUGA